AUGCCGGGCCAAUCUCGCAGUCGGGAUCGCCACAGCGGACGCGAGCGAGAACGAGACCGGACACGCGAGCGGGAGAGGGAGCGCCGGCGGGAACGAGAUCGAGAACGCGAGUACAUCCGGGGUCGCUACGAUGAAGACGACGAAGGCGCGGCGUCGAGUCCCGGCCAAACACGCGGCAAAUACCGAUUCCGCGGCGAGGAGGGCUACGAUUCUUACGAUAAUGGCGACCGCGAUGGGAGUGACGAGGAACGACGACGGCGCGAGCGACGAGAGAGGAGGCGACAGCGCGAGCGUGAGGAAGAACGGGCAUAUAGUGAUGCUGUUGAGGGACGGCGGAGGGAGAGGUCCAAGGCGAAGGAGUCCCCUGCUACGUCACCGAUCAAGAAGCGGGAUCGCGAGCGAGAUCGGGAUGGACAUCGCCGCCGGCGGGAUGUUGAGCAUGAGGGGAGCCCGACUAAGGAUAUGAGGGACAGACGGCAUCGAGUGCGAGGAGAGGAGAGCGAGCGGGAGAGAUCGCGGGAUGUUGAUGCUGAAGCUCGACGGCAGAGACGAAAGGCACGCGAGCGAGAGGAAAAGCGUGAUCGUGAAUGGGAGCGCGAAGCUGCGGCUGUGGCAGCUGUCGCGAGUAAACAUCGCAGCACGGAGUCGACGAACAGUGCAUCCCAUCUGCUGGAUGCGGAUGCAAUGGCGCGGCUGGCGUCCGAACAUGAGCAGGAGAACCCGCGCGGACGAUCAGGGGAUGAAGAGGCGCGGAGAGAGCGUCGACGGCAGAACACAAAGAAGGCUGCACUUGCUGGAGCAGAUCUCGUCGAGGGGAGAUCCCGGCGUCAGUCUGGGGCUCGGGUUGUGUCUGGCGCCUACCUGGAAGAGGGGCGGAGCUCGGAGAUGAAGAUGCGCCGCCGUGGAGGUGGUGGCCCUGCGAUGGACGAGGAAUGGAAGCGAGAAAAAGGUUGGGAUGGGCGUGAUGAGGACGUCCAGCCAAAAUGGAAGUUCUGGGCCUCGUGGUCCAAGAAGAAGCGACUGGUCGUCGGAGGUAUCGUGACUGUGCUGUUGCUGCUGGCCAUCAUCAUCCCAGUCGCUGCGGUGGCCGCGCAGAAGAGGAGUGCCAAUUCAGACUCGUCGAGCAGCUCGUCUGGUUCGGGUUCGCCGUCGAAUUCCAACCUCGAUGGCAUCAGUCAAGACAGCAUUCCGUCUUAUGCCCAAGGGACGGUCCUCGAUCCAUUCACGUGGUACGAGACCGCAGGGUUCAAUGUCACUUUUACCAACGACACCGUGGGUGGUCUCUACAUCAUGGGCCUCAACUCUUCAUGGGACGACUCCGCCAGGCCAAACGAUAAUGUUCCUCCGCUAAACGAGAAGUUCCCGUAUGGCUCUCAACCAAUUCGUGGCGUCAAUAUCGGUGGAUGGCUGUCCCUUGAGCCGUUCAUUGCGCCAUCUCUCUUCGAAGGUUACUCGACUAGCGUCGUCGAUGAAUGGACCUUAACCGAGCAUCUGGGUUCAGCUGCAGCAACCACCAUCGAGAAGCACUAUGCGACCUUCCUGUCCGAGUCGGACUUUGCAGAAAUCCAAGAGGCCGGACUCGACCAUGUGCGCAUCCCAUAUUCCUACUGGGCGGUUACAACAUACGACGGGGACCCCUAUGUCGCUAAGAUCUCUUGGCGCUACCUUCUACGUGCAAUUGAGUAUAGCCGCAAAUAUGGACUGCGAGUGAAGCUGGAUCUUCACGGUCUGCCUGGCAGCCAGAACGGGUGGAAUCAUAGCGGUCACCAAGGGGCAAUUGACUGGAUAGACGGGACAAAUGGGACGCUCAACCGGCAACGAUCGCUGGAGAUCCACAACCAGCUGUCGCAGUUUUUCGCACAGGAUCGAUACAAAAAUGUUGUGACGAUCUACGGUCUCGUCAAUGAGCCGCUCAUGCUCUCUCUUCCGACGGAGCAGGUCCUGAACUGGACCCAAGAGGCAGCGGAACUUGUUCGCAAAAAUGGCGUUGAUGCAACUAUUGUCUUCCAUGACGGGUUUCUCAACCUCGCCAAAUGGGACAGCAUGUUCAAGGACCACCCGGACAACAUGUAUCUGGAUACCCAUCAGUAUACGACCUUCAACACCGGCGAGAUCGCCCUAAACCACACUGCCAAGAUCGAAAUCAUCUGCAGCAGCUGGUACUCCAUGAUCCAGAGUAUCAACAGCACCAGCUCUGGAUGGGGUCCCACAAUCUGCGGCGAAUGGUCGCAAGCCGAUACCGACUGCGCAGAGUAUCUCAAUAACGUGGGCCGUGGCACCCGCUGGGAAGGAUCAUACGACACCAGCUCCUCCACCGCCUACUGUCCCACCGCCGACGCAGGAACAUGCAGCUGUAACAACGCCAACGCUGACGUGGCCGACUACUCGGCCGAGUACAAGAGUUGGCUCCAAACCUACGCCGAGGCCCAAAUGUCCGCCUUUGAGACCGCCCAGGGCUGGUUCUACUGGACGUGGCGCACAGAGUCUGCAGCGCAGUGGAGUUAUCGCACGGCAUGGAAGAAUGGAUUUAUGCCGCAGAAGGCCUAUUCGCCCUCGUUCAAAUGCGGUGAUACCGUGCCGGAUUUCUCUAGCUUGGGCUUGCCCGAGUAUUACUGA